ACCCAUCAUACUUCCUACCCAACAUACAAAGUUAGUAUGUAGUACAUAACGUACUUGCAGAAAAGAAACCUUAUCACCACCCACCCGAAGCGAUACGAUACCCAUAAUCAAUCACCCCCAAAGAUUCCGCCGCCUCCUCCCCCGAUCCACACGCGCCGCUCCUCCGCGUUUCUGUCGCGUCACAAUCCCAUUUCUGCACAGGAAUUUUUUAAAACGAACCAACAUCAAUCAAUCAAUCAAUCACUCACCACGAUACCCCCUUCCAUUCUAUAAUUUUACUUCACUCACAACGAUUGGCGACCCCCAAAAUAAGAAACCAGAAAUACAGAAAGAAACACAAAAGGGAAGGAAAGAACGAAAGAAAGAAAGGAAGAAAGGCACCACCAUGCCCCGAAAAUCCACCAGCAGCAGCACGCCCGGCGACGACGGAGCAGGAGCAGAACAAUCCCAGAUAUCCCAAAUACACCAUUCCCAAUCACCCUCAGAUAUCGUCCACCUUCCCGAAUCAACAGGACAGAUGGUCGAAGCGACAGAACAACAACUCAAGGCGCGGGCGGAGGGGGGUGUGAGUAUUGAGGACUACCUCCUCCCCCGCUCUCUCACCCUCCGACUAGCAAAAUCCGUUCUUCCUCCGAAUACAUCGAUACAGAAGGAUGCGGUAUUGGCGAUUCAAAAGGCCGCGACGGUGUUUGUGUCGUAUUUGUCGUCGCAUGCCAACGAAGCAACCCUCAAACGAACCGUCGCGCCAUCGGACGUCUUCAGCGCCAUUUCGGAACUAGAGUUUGAUGGAUUCCGCACACGAUUGGAGCAGGAGUUGGAGGCGUUUACGGAGUUGAAGGCGGGGAAGAGGAGGGCGAAGAAGGGGGAUAGUAGUAGUAGUACUACUGCUGCUGCGGCGGCGGCGGAGGGAGUGGGGAAGGAUGCUGAGGAGGAAGAGGAAGAUGGGGAUAGAGGGGUGAAGAGGGUGAAGCGGGCAGAGGAGAAGAAGAAGAAUGGUAUUGGUGGUGGUGGUGGGGAGGAAGAGGAAGGGGAUGAGACGCAGGAGGAGCAUGAGCAGGAACAGGAGCAGGAUGAUGAAGAGGAAGAGGAGGAGGAAGAAGAAGAGGAGGACGAGGAGGAGGAAGAAGAGCAGAAGGAUGAUGAUGAUGAGGAUGAGGAAGAGAAUGAUAUUGAUCGAGUGGAGGAUUUGGAUCGGGCGAAACGGCCGAUGAAUCCGGAUGUUGAGGGGGAUGAGUCGGACAGUGAGGAUGAGGAUGGGCCUGGGAGUCAGCUGCGAGGGGAUUUGGGACUGGGUUAGAUUGUGUUUUAUGAUGAUUAUGUGUGUAUGGUAUGGUAUAUGUCUUUGUCUCUGUUUACGGCUGAUGGGUAUGCGGCAACGAAAUGGAUUGUUGCAUGAUAUCACUUCUACUCCACGUCCAAUGUACAAUGUGUUGAUACCCAAUUCAACUUCAUCACAACCAGCUGCUCAUUAUAUUCACCACGUGGGGACUCCUUGAACUCCGCACUCACAACGCCCACAAGGGCUUGCCUAUGUUGUACAAUCAUUGGUGCAGUUGACGCCACAAAUCAGAAGAGUACCCAAGGGACUCCAACCAGCUAUAUAUAGCUGCUGCUUGAAGCAGUGAGGUGAGCCCAAAUGAUAUCUUCGUUAUC